AUGUACUCAUCACAUGCUGCCGCGAGGAGGAAGCUACGUGUAUUCAGCCCAGUCAUUCUUUUCCACGAAUAUGAACGUCGAACAGACGUGCCCACACAUUACAGCGACACAAGCGAUCAACACAGUAAGAAACUAAAGGAUAGCAAAAAGCGUAUCGAAGAUAUGCUGAACGAGAAUAGUCAAUUCUGGAGAAAGGUAUUCGAGUCGACAAGAGAACAUGAAAAAUAUGAAGCGGCGUGCCGUCGUCAGUACCACCUCCACCUCUCACAGUCCUACCUUAAUCCAGCCGUCUCGUCAAUGUCUCCGGCAUCUCCAGCAUCCCCUCCGUCUCUAUAUCGUCCAGAAUCCACAUGCGAAGCUGCUGCCGUGCCCAGGCCUACCAAACGACGUCGCGGUAAUUUACCAAAGACCACAACCGCCUUGUUAAAGUCUUGGCUGGCCAAGCACAAGAAACAUCCUUAUCCUACGGAGGAGGAAAAGCUCGCCUUGGCAAAAGAAACUAAACUCAAUUUGCAACAAAUAUCAAAUUGGUUUAUAAACGCGAGGAGACGUCAUCUCCCGCAUUUACUAGAAAACGAUUUCACUAAUGGGAAUGCCAUCACACCACAACGUCAGAACCAAAUGGAUGCUUAUAAUUACGAGGAGAAUUCUACCGAAGACAGUUCGUCGGAUCAUGGACACGGUCUUCGACGAGUUGGUGGUACUAAAUGCACCCGCAUUCACAAAAACAAAAAGUCCCAACAUCUCC